AGCAUCCUAGAAAGCCGUUCUCUUUCUGGGGUCCGGCCAGUUGGGGAUACCAUGGAGGCAGGAAAGGCUAGUCCGACCGAGCUGCUCGCGCCGCCGCCGCCGCCGGAGAGCGUCAAGCGCAGCGGCAAGAGGGCAAGGGACGGGCCGCUGCUGUUCGGUACCCAACUGAUCAAGCACGAAGGGAAAGACGACGAACUGGUUGAAGCCGCACCACAAGGAGCGGAAGCAAUCGUCCCAUCGGAGUCGCCGGAGAAGCAGCCGCCGACGGCGGUUCAGGUGGACAAGGCCAAGCUCUACUGCUCGCUGUGCGCCUGCGAGUUGACGCCACCCAUCUACCAGUGCGCCGUGGGGCAUCUGGCGUGCUGCAGCUGCCGCGUGAAGCUCCCGGGCCGCCGGUGCCGGACCUGCCGCUACCGCGGCACGGCCUUCUCCGCCUACGCGCACUGCCCCGGCCUCGACCUCUUCUUCGGCGACCUCCGCGUGCCGUGCGACUUCGACGAGUACGGCUGCAGGGCCUUCGUCCCCUACUUCCUCAGCGCCAACCACAAGGGCACCUGCGAGCACGCCCCCUGCCACUGCCCGGAGCCCGGCUGCUUCCUCCUCUGCUCGCCGCGGGCGCUCGCCGCCCACCUCGUCGCCGACCACUACUGGGCCGUCUACGACCUCGCCUACGGCACGCCCCUCCCGCUCGCCGUCCCUGUGCCCGCGGCGGCGGCGAUGGCUUCGGGGUCACCGGUCCCUGCCCCGGCGCGGGACCUCCGGCUGCUGCGCGGGGACGAUGCGUCGCAGUUCCUGAUGGCCGUGGGCCCGCUGGGCGACGGCGCGGCGGUGUCGGUGGUGCUCGUCCGGGCCAUGGCCAACCCGCCGGCGUUCCCGCGGUACACGUGCACGUUCUACGCGAACCCGCCCCCGCGCGCGGCGGACCUCCAGGGCGGGUACUUCUUCGCGACCGUGCCGGUGAGGAGCAGCGCGCUGGCCGACGGCGCCGGCGCCGCGCCGGAGAAGGAGCUGUACUUCGCCGUGCCCAGGGAGAUGCUGUGCGGGGGCAACAGGGAGCUGCUCCUCUCCGUCCGGAUCGAUCGCUCGACGGGAGCUGAACCUCCUGUCGAAGACAAGAAGAUGAUCAUUGAAAGCUGAUCAAUAAGCACUAGUACCAAAUUGCAAGCUUUUGGGAUGAUACUCUCAAGUAAGAUUAGCUAGUGGAAAGAUAUUUCAGGUGUUAGAUUUCUGUCUAGAAGACAACUCUACAAGUGCUUCUGAUAAUCAUGGUUUUCUCUCAAGAUUAGCUAGUGGAAAGACAUUCCAGGUGUUAGAAUUCUAUCUGGAAAACUACAGGCGCUUCUGGUAAUCAUGGUUUUGGAUCUUAGUAUAUGAACUAGCCCUUGGUCCUGCACAA